AUGGCAAAUAAUUCACCUCUGGAGGACCGUCCUCUGAAGAACACCAUCUGUCUCUUCGAUGUAGAUGGAACUCUAACGCCAGCAAGGCUGACUGUGGCCCCCGAGAUGCUCGACCUGCUCUCCCGCCUGCGCCAGAAGUGCGCCAUCGGCUUCGUCGGUGGCUCAGACCUGGCCAAACAGCAGGAACAGCUCGGGACGUCUUCAACCAACGUCACCUCGAUGUUCGACUUCGCCUUCUCGGAGAACGGUCUAACCGCCUUUCGUCUGGGCAAGCCUCUCGCCAGUAACAGUUUCAUCAAAUGGAUUGGCGAAGAGAAGUAUCAGAAGCUGGUCAACUUCAUGCUGGCCUACCUUGCCAACAUAUCACUGCCGAAGAAGCGUGGUACUUUUAUCGAGUUCCGCAAUGGAAUGAUCAACGUUAGCCCUAUCGGCAGGAACGCAAGCAACGAGGAGAGAAGGGAGUUUGAACAGUAUGACAAGCAGCACAAUAUCCGACGGGAUUUCGUGGACGCGCUCAAGAAGGAGUUCGCCGACUAUAGUCUCACUUUCUCAAUCGGUGGCCAGAUCUCCUUUGACGUUUUCCCCACCGGCUGGGACAAGACCUACUGCUUGCAGCACAUUGAAGCCGAGAAGGACAUCUCCGGCAUCGAAUACAAGACCAUCCAUUUCUUCGGCGACAAGUCCUUCCCCGGAGGCAACGAUUGGGAGAUCUACAGCGAUCCCCGUACUGUAGGCCACGCCGUCAGCGGUCCUGAUGACACAAUGAAGCAAUUAAAGGAGCUGUUCCAGCUAUAA